AUGAUGAAAACAGCUGACAUUAGUCAAGCAAAUAAAGAAGUAAUGUAUGCAUUUCGUUUUGACAAUUCUAAUAAAUAUGUUUAUCUCAAUCAACAACAACUCGAUGAUUUACCUUAUUUAUCUACUCUUGUUAAUUCUACAAAUAAGUUUUUAUCUGCACAAAGUGAAAAUGGUGAAUAUCUAUUGAAUUCUUCGAUUGAUUAUAAGUGGUUUAUGAUUAUUCUUGAUUCUAUUAGUUCAAAAACAGCUUAUGAUCUAUUUAAUAAACUUGAAGAACAUGAAAAUGUAUUGCAUAUACUCGAAUUGUUUGAUUAUCUCGGUGUUAGCUUAUUCUCUAUUCCUCUUUUUAAAGACGAAUAUUUAAUGCUAUCAACACCUAUUAAUAAUGAUAAUAGAGACAGACUUAUUCAAUAUGAUCGUGCAAAUCUGUCAGAAAUGCGAAACAAAGCUGCCGAGUUCAUUAUUGCUCUUAACAAGAAUGAAUACAAUUUAGAUGAUAAUCGAACAUUGAAUAAUAUUUUCUCUCUUGUAUUGCUUAUUCUUUCUACUUCAACAGCUUUCAGUUCGCGAUUCUGUCAUCACACAUUAAAAGUAGUGAGUAAAUGUUGUUUUUCUUUAUUCUUAAAAGAACAACAAUUUCAAUUGCCCACUAUUCAACAAGUAGCCGAAAAUAAAAAGAUCAAUUCUUCGAUUUAUAUAUCCGACGGUGAUUUAUGUCCUCCGGAAUUCGUUUCAAAUGCAUUUGCUUGGAAAGCUGUCUAUAUAUCAACAGAAGAAAAUACGCUUCAUUCCGAAGUCUGUACUAUUCAAUCUGAUGAUAAACUGUUGUUAUCGAACGUAAUUCAUCUAAAUUAUUUUCUUCAAAUACUCAGUAUGUCAAUAUUGAAAAAUGACGAUAAUAAACAAAAGCAACAGAGAAAAUAUGUUCAACCAAGAUAUCUUCAUUUCAUACCCAAAAAAACCAAUGUUGACAAAUCCAAGAAUCGAUUCAAUUCAAAAACUAAAAAAUAUCGAUAA